UAUUUUCAAUUCGUUCGUGUUUAGUAUUUGCUUGUGUUUUGUACUCAUCGUUAAUUAUUGUUUCCAACGAAAGAUAUUUUAACAAACUGUAGAAAAAGUAAUUGAGUCAUCGCUUUGUAUUAACAGUAACAUUUAUUUGAUUAAGAAAAAUGGCAGAUGAUGAUUUUGAUGGAGAUGAGGUAGCAGAUGAUUUUGAUGACGUAGAUGAUGAUGAUAACAUUGAACUAGAACCUCAAGAAGAAGAUGGAGAAAAUAUAGAAUUAUUAGCAGCUGGUGAAGCUACUGGUGGAGUGCAAAGGUCCAAAAGAAUUACAACAAGAUAUAUGACAAAAUAUGAAAGGGCAAGAGUAUUAGGGACAAGAGCAUUGCAAAUAGCUAUGUGUGCUCCUGUGAUGGUUGAGUUGGAAGGAGAAACUGAUCCACUGCAAAUUGCAAUGAAAGAACUAAAACAAAGGAAAAUUCCAAUUAUAAUUAGACGUUAUUUACCUGACAAUAGUUAUGAGGAUUGGGGUAUAGACGAAUUAAUCAUAAUAGAUCACUAAAUUCUGCUUAAUCUUGUACAUACUAAAUAAAGAUGUAAGGUAAUUUAAGAAAUAUCAAAGUCUAUUAUAUCUAUAUUAUUUUCAACUUUGUAUAACUCGUUUUAAUAAAACAUAUUUAGCUACUA